CCUGGAUCAAGAGAACGUGACGCACGCCGCGGUAAUUGGAGCCAUUUGCAUCGAGCUCCUCUCUCACACACACUCACCCCUCCAUAAGAGUUGAAAGCAUCCCAUCCCCCUCUCCGCGCCUGGCUGUGCCGUGUCGCUAAGAGCGGUUGUUGGAUGGUCUGACAAUCCAGUCUUUACCUCACACCAUAUUGUUUGACUUUGGGUCCUCGAACCAACCGCAUCACAAGCGCCGCUUCUGUUUCUUCGGGUUGUCUCAUCCCCUAGGAAUCCUUCCGCAAGAGGUUUGCCCAAUAUGCCUGGCGCCGGGUCGAGGGGCAUCGGCCUCCUGAUUUGGAUCGUCGUCUUCACCUUUGUCGACGCUUCGGUGCUGUGUCUGCGGGCAUGGUCCGCGAGGGUGAUGAGGAGAUCGUUCUACUGGGAUGACGGGAUGAUUAUGUUUGCGUUUGCCAACUUGGUAGCGCUGGAAGGCGUGGUCAUCUGGGCCAUUUACAAUGGUCUGGGAAAGCACACCGAUGAGCUAUCUCUUGAGGAAUAUGCCGUGCAGUUCAAGCUUAUCCUCGCCAGCGGCGUCACCUGGCUCCUCGGCACCGUCUUCAUCAAGAUGGCCAUCCUGUGGCUCUAUACGCGCAUCUUCGCCACGGCCCAGUUCAAGCGCUGGUCCCGCGUCCUGAUGGGCGUCACGGGCGCCUACGGCGUCGCGUUCCUCAUCAUCUUCAUGACCCGGUGCUUGCCCAUGUCGCAGCAGUGGGCGCCCGUCCCCGGUGGCCACUGCCGCGACAUCACCAUCGACCAGAUCGUCUCCGUGACCGUCAACAUUGUCCUCGACAUCGCCAUGACGGUGCUCCCGAUGCCGGCGUUGUGGGGCCUGCAGAUGCCCCUGAAGAACAAGAUUGCCGUCAGUGCCAUGUUUGGCAUGGGCUUCGCAACGAUCGCCAUCAUGAUCUGGCGCCUCGUCAACACGGUCGUCACGAUCGGGGAUCCGGACUUCGUCUACAACCUUCACGACAUUGGCCUCAUCAGCCUCCUCGAGCUGUGGAUCGGCAUCAUCAUCGCCUGCCUGCCCACCCUCGGCCCGCUGUUCAAGACCUAUGUCAAGCCCGCCGUCUCGCGCUUCGGCUCCAAGCUGACAGAUCCCUCGACCGACAAGGGCGGCGCGGCCGUCCACCUCAAGGACCUCUCGAGCAGCGGCCACAGCGGCCGCCACCUCCCACGCCGGACGUACGACAAGCUCGGCGACAACGUCUCCUACGACGACCUCGAACGCGCCGAGAUGCCAGGGGCGGGCGCCGCCGUUACGACCAAGUGCCAGUUUUCCCCGGAGUUCGAGGCGCCGCGGGGCAGCAGGCCGGGCAUCUAUGUCCACCAGGACAUCGCAUCCGAAACACAUCAGCGGGGACAUGGGGGUCUGAGUCAGUAGAACCCCUCUCUACUCGCGGUCAGGAUAGGGUAGUGGUUGUUUUUCAAUGUGGGUUCCAGGAAAUGUAACUUCGUCGUCUCUGUACCUUUUGUAACCUGUAUUGUGUAUUAUUCACCCGAGUGUCUUUCAUCAAUCGGCGAUCAAAAAGAGAUAACAAAUAUUCGUCUGUUCCUU